AUGAGAAAUCCACUCUUUUCAUGGCUUUUCUUCAUGCUUAUAUGCUCACUUCAGCUCACCUUCUGUAUCUUUGUGCUGGCUGGCCAAUGUUUGGACAGUCAGAGGUCCUUGUUGCUCCAAUUGAAGAACAACCUUACAUUCAAUCCUGUUAUGUCCACAAAACUUGCUCAGUGGAAUCGAAGUGUGGAUUGCUGUUUUUGGGAAGGCGUAAACUGCGUGGAGGGACGUGUUAUUGGUCUCGAUCUGACCAACGAAUACAUCUCCGGUGGACGUGACAACUUAAGCAGCCUCUUCAAUCUUCAGAAUCUCCAGAACCUGAAUUUGGCUUACAACAGAUUCAAUGGUACAAUUCCAUCGGAGCUUGAGAAGCUGACGAAUUUGAGUUAUUUAAACCUAUCAAAUGCUGGCUUUGCAGGGCAGAUACCAAUUGAGAUUUCUCGCUUGACAAGGUUGGUUUCUCUUGAUUUAUCUGCCGUUUACUUCCCCGAAACUAUUCCUCUGAAACUUGAGAAUCCAAACUUAAAGAUGUUGGUUCAGAACCUUCCUGAGCUUAUAGAACUUCAUCUUGAUGGGGUAAAAAUAUCAGCAAGAGGGAAUGAGUGGUGCCUGGCCUUAUCAUCUUCACUGCAAAAUCUGAGAGUGUUGAGUUUGUCAGAUUGUUAUCUUUCGGGCCCCAUUGAUUCCAGCUUACUGAAGCUUCAGUCCCUCUCGAUUAUUCGUCUGGAUAAUAACAAUUUGUUAGCUCCAGUUCCAGAGUUCUUCGCAAAUUUUACAAAUUUGACGUCCUUGCGUCUCACUUCUACUGAGUUGAGCGGCACAUUUCCAAGAAAGAUCUUCCAGGUACCAACACUAGAGAUUCUUGACUUGUCUAAUAAUGUACUACUUCAUGGUGCUUUGCCAGAUUUUUCUCAGAAUGGAUCUCUUCGCAGUCUGGUUCUUAGCAAUACAAACUUUUCAGGGGCAUUAUCAGAUUCUAUCGGUAACCUUACAAAGUUGUCCAGAAUAGAUCUUUCAAACUGCAAUUUUAAUGGAUCACUGCCACUCUCGAUGGCAAAGCUUACGCAAUUGCUUUAUUUGGACAUGUCAUCCAACAGUUUCACUGGACCAAUUCCAUCAUUCAGUAUGGCCAAGAAUCUUACCCAAAUAAACCUUUCUCAUAAUGAUCUAAUUGGUAGCAUUACUUCCACUAGCUGGGAAGAGCUUCGUAAUCUGGUAAGCCUUGACCUGCGUCACAAUUCUCUGAAUGGGAGCAUUCCAGUUUCUCUGUUUUCCCAUCCAUUCUUGCAAAAAUUACAACUUUCCAACAACCAAUUUUCUGGUCAACUCAAUCAUUUUUCUAACAUUUCUUCUGGCCUACUGGACACUCUUGAUUUGAGUAGCAACAAAUUGAAAGGACCAAUACCCAUGUCUCUCUUUGAACUCCGGAGUCUUAAGAUCCUCUCACUGUCUUCAAACAAAUUCAAUGGCUCCUUGCAGCUUCUUAAUGUGAUUCAGCAUUUGAGAAAUCUUUCAAGUCUUGAUCUUUCGUACAACAGGUUAUCGAUUGAAGAUAAUGGAACAGAUGGAAUUAAUUCAUCUUUGUCCUCCUUUCCCCAGAUUACCACAUUAAUAUUGGCUUCUAGCAACUUGAAAAAGUUUCCUGAUUUCUUGAAAAACCAAUCCAAAUUAACCUAUCUAGACCUUUCAAACAACCAGAUUGAUGGAGAUAUACCAAACUGGCUCAGGGAACUUCGGAAUCUUGUGUACUUAAAUCUCUCUUUUAACCGACUGGUGACUCUGGAACGAACUUUCUCCAAUCAUUCUUUUUUGAAUCUUCUGGACCUUCGCUCAAACUUGCUCGUGGGACAACUCCCAAUUCUUCCUCGGUUUGCCACGUACUUGGAUUUCUCGAGGAAUAAUUUCAGCUCUGAAAUACCAGCUAAUAUUGGUGACUCCCUUACUUAUGCUUAUUUCUUCUCUCUUUCUAGCAACAAGUUCCAUGGGAGUAUCCCUGAAUCAAUAUGCAAUGCGGCAUAUCUUCAAGUUCUAGAUCUGUCUUAUAAUUUUUUCCAUGGAAAUAUAUCCCAAUGCUUGAUUGAGAAGAGUGUGACUCUUGGGGUGCUGAAUCUAAGGAGAAACAAACUUAGUGGCUCCAUUCCUGAUUCCUUUCCGGCCAAUUGUAGUUUACAAACUUUGAAUCUCAAUGGAAACCGAAUAGAAGGACAGUUACCAAAGUCCCUGGCCAAUUGCGUAAAGUUGGAGGUCAUGGACAUUGGAAACAACCUCGUCAACGGUACCUUCCCAUGUUACUUGAAGAAUACAUCCAUGUUGCGAGUUCUUGUUUUGCGAUCAAACAAAUUUGACGGGCCCAUUAAUUGUUCAGAGCCUAAUUUCACUUGGCAGAUGCUUCAAAUUGUAGACAUAGCUUCAAACAAUUUUACUGGUAAACUUCCAAAAAAAUUUACCUGGAAGGCAAUGAUGGAUGAUGAAAAUGAGGCCCAAUCAGAGCUCGAUCACCUCCAAUUUAAAGUCCUGAGAUUCGGUCAACUUUACUAUCAAGAUGCCAUUACAAUUACCUCCAAAGGUCUAGAUAUGGAGUUGGUGAAGAUUCUAACCAUCUUCACCUCGAUUGACAUUUCCUGCAACAAUCUUGAGGGGCCAAUACCAGAAGAAUUUGGAGCAUUUGGAUCACUAUAUGUUCUCAACUUGUCGCACAAUGCUCUUAUUGGCCAAAUUCCCCCAUCUUUGGCAAACUUGACUAGUUUAGAGUCAUUAGACUUGUCAAGCAACAAGCUUACAGGGGAGAUCCCAGUGCAACUUGCAGCUGGUCUGAUUUUCCUUUCAGUUCUAAACCUUUCAUUCAAUCAAUUGGCGGGGCAGAUUCCACAUAUCAAGCAAUUUGCUACAUUUUCUGAAGCUUCCUAUCUAGGAAAUGUUGGAUUAUGUGGCUUCCCUUUGGAGGUAGGAUGCACAUAUGCAGAGCCAAUUUCACCUCCAACAUUUGAAGAAGGUCCUUCGACUUCUGAGAAUGUGAUUCAUUGGAAAUUUAUAAGUGUUGAACUGGGAUUUGUUUUUGGCUUUGGAAUUGUAAUUUGGCCCCUUAUGUUUUUGAAGAGAUGGAGGAUAUGGUAUUCCAAACACAUUGAUGACAUUCUUUUCAAGAUUUUCCCUCAAUUAUAUCUUGGAAAAAAAUAUCGUUAAAGGCGAAUGCACAGGAAUGAAGGGCGGAGGCAUAAGUGAUAGUUUAUGAGAAGUAAUGUAACUAAGCUUAGCUUUUAUUUCUUUCUGUUUCAAUAAAAGAAAAAAUAAAGAUUGUAUCUAUGUAAUUGGAUGCGAGUGUUGUCUUUAAGGUAUGAUGUUUGUAACUGCCAAGCUGUAUUAUUGAAAUACUUAGCUUUUGUUUCUUUGUUUUUGAUGAAUUUUGUGGAAGAUGCUCAGGCUUUACUUGAUU